AUGGCCGAAGAUGCGUCGAAGUUCGUUCUUCUGGCCUCACCAAAUUGGUACUGUAGCAGUGUAGCGGACUGCAGUUUGACUAAGAUAUACGCCUUUGGGGCAAGGAACUGCGUGUAUCUUUUAGACCUCAGCUCGGACAAGCCUGUUUUUCACGGACAGCUGGUCGGUCAUACCGAGCGAGUGUCAAGCGUGUGUUUUUCAAAGCACAAACUGCACGCGAAUUUUGUGGCUAGUGGCUCCGACGAUAAAACAGUUAAAAUAUGGGAUACAGAGACGAAGCUAAAACUGCUGGAACAUAAGGCGCAUAACGUAAGAUCUGUAAUUUUUUUUUUCAAAUUAUAUGUUUAUUUUCGCUCUAGAAAAUAUUCAAAAUAACCCAUGUGGCAGUGGAGAGUUCACUGGAAAUGAAAGCCUGCUGAGAGCUAGACUCACAUCCAGCUUACUUCAUUGUUUUAAAUUAUGUUGUACUUUAUUCCCUUAUUGGACUUAAAAAUCUUUUGCGCUGUUCCUGCAACUGCGAAAGAAAAUUCGUCGCUUGCCUUGUCUUCAUCGAGGUUACAUAAACAGCUGAUUCAGGCUACGCUCAUACUAUAACGGAUAGCUUUUUGAGCCAGCACAAAAGGCUAUCCGAUACAGUAUAAGCAGCAAUAGCCUCGUACCGAUACAAGUCGUUCACACACAUCAAACAAAAUGGGUGCUUUCCCUUCCGGUUUUAGGCGCAAUUUUUAUUGACAGUUGAAUGAACAUGUGACAAUGAGGAAUGAACAUAUGUGUUUUGAAUCUUUGGCGUUGAGAACAAUUGAGUUAAUAUUUCAGUGUUUUAUCAUGUUGAUUUACUGUUCACUUAACAGUCGACUCCUCAACAAAAUUUAUGCCGGAACAGUUGGCCGAGAGGGCUUGAUGAGCUUGAUCACAGUCCUACACAUGUAACUUUUCUCUCUGCCGAUUUCUAGUCCUUACUGUUACUUAUUUACUUCUGCUAUAGUUUGAAUUGUUGUUCUCACUACACCAAAGUAUGACACAAAACCUACCAUUUAUCCCAUAUGUGACACUCAGAAUGUGGUUUAGUGGGAACAUACCUAAACAAAAUACUUCCCCUCCCACCCCCCCCCCCUAUUGUGAAUGGGAGGAGAAGAGGGGGGUAAUCUGAUUCUCAACAUUAAACAAGACUAAAAAUGCUUGGUCACUAAUUUUAUGUUGCAAAUUAUUUCACUUUUUAUAUUGAUAAAAAGCAGAAUAUUCCCUUGGCUGCACACUAGUUUUACGUCAAUGUUUCUUUUUGGAAAAUAAUAUACAUGCAUCAAGCAUCAACCAAUUUCACGGCAUGAAAGAAUACUUUUAGUACUACCAGCUCAAAUUUCACUGGAAGGCAAAAUACAUGGGAUAAUUGUAAAGGUUUAGUUAAAAAAGCCAGCUUGAAAAAUCAAGGCCUCAUAUACAUGUGCUGCUUAAAAUUGCAAAGAACAGAUUUUGUGAAAUCCCUUCCUAUUUUCAGUGUUUUCCUAGAUAUUUUUAUGUGUAUUUUGUUUUGAUUAAUUUUAUUUCACCUUUUUGUUUUGAAGGCAAAGAUCACCUGCCUAACGUGGUCUCCGGUAAUCACAGACCUUGUUGUAUCAGGUACAGUAAGAAGAAUUUUUCUCUUACAGCUACAGUUGAUGUGUAACCAGCACACUAUAGAUAAAGUGAUGUAUAAUUUCCAUGCUAUGCCCAAUAUAAAGGUGAUGAAAAAGGACAGAUCAUUGCCUGGAGAUAUGAGGAAGGGAAUGUGUUUGGUGGUAGCCCUGUGCAGGACCACAUAUUUUCAAUGGCUCUGUCUUAUUUGUCUGAAAGUGAACUUGCGGUCGGGUAAGUUUAAAGCUCAAUUAUGUUAAAUAAAUAUAUGAACUGUCUGGUUAAUAUAAUUAUCCUGCAACUUUUCACUCUCACAAGUCAGAUUAUGUGUCAUUUAAUAACCAUGACUUAAGUGCCCCUGACGGAAGGUGUUUAUUUAACCAUUCUCUUUGGGGAAUUUUGCUUGAAAAAGUUUUCAGAAGCUAAUCCAGUCACUGUCUGGCCAUACAGAGCCAAAACUGCCCAAAAUGCCAUUUAUAGGUUGAGCACUCCAUGGCCUUCUUAUCUUUAAUUUCGAGGUUUUGGGCUUAAUAGUGACACAGCAGUCUCCACUUUUAACUUUUCUUAUACCUCUUGUUUUCUUUCGCUUUUCUUAAGCCAUUUUUUUCUUUCACUGGGCAUUUACUAGCCUUUAUUUUGGUGAGAAAAGUUUCGGGAAAGCUUUUAGUACCACAGGAUUUGAUGGAAGGAAGAACAGGUGGUUAGUGGAACAAGAUUUUCAUUGGCAUUUUUGGGUCAACUUUGCGUGGUCUUUGACUGGAUUGUGCUCAUUCUGGCAUGGUUUUAAAGAUCUCUGCACAAGGUAGAGGUGACAAAGUUGUCCUUGACCAUUAAAACGGAUGAUGUCACAAGCGCUAUAAGGGAUGUGGAUCCACACAGGCAGGCAUUUGACUUUGGUCUACAAAUGACUUGCCGUAAUAAGCUUAAUGGUGCCAUUUUUAAGCUAAUCUUUAGUAGACCACUAAAGUACAUUGUACACUGUAAAUGCUACAAGUAAUGUGUACAGGUAUACUGACUCCCUUUAAUUUGAGGAGAAAUCAAAGUUGACCAAUGUUGACUGACAUUUUCAUUCUCUUUAUGUUUCUUAGGUACAAGAGUGGUCUAAUAUUGUUGCUGAAUGUGUCAAGUGAGGGAGGUCUCACAAUCAUACACAAAUUGCAAGGACAUUCCAGUGAAAUUCACAGCCUGGCUUUUUGUCCUACCCCACAAGAACACAUUGAUUUUGGUACAUAUUACAUGCAUUUUAAAAAAAUCCUGCUUCUGAUGUAACAGUCUUUGUUGUACAUUUUAAUCGUUCUCAAGUUAAACCAGAAUUUCCUUUCUUUACUAUGAAUUAAUGGAGCUAAGAAGACAAAGGUACAUGUAAUUUCUGAAGCAAACUAACUUGAGAACUGAUUAUUUCCACAACAUUACUGUUAUUAAUAAGGGCCUGUCAAAAAGGCAUAAGUGAUGACUGAUAACUACUUUUAGGAACAGACUUCUAAGCAGCUAACAGUUAAAAUGGUACUGUACCUACAGUGUAACAAAUGUAUGACCACGCCCUUUACCAUAUUUCUGGUCACCUUGCUUAUUUUACCAGAUUUUAUUUCUGCAUGAGUGGUAUCAAUCAAAAGAUGAUUUCACAUCAAACAGUUGCUGGAAAAUUUUUAGCUUACAUGUACAGUUUGUAUCUCUGUAAUUGAUUUUUUGGAUGGGCAUGUCAAACAAAUUAAUAACUUAGAAGAUUGUAAGCUAGAUCAAGAAAAAUAAGAAUGGUUACUCUGUACAUCUACAAGGUUAUCUGCACUAAGUGUCCAGAGCUAAAUUCUCCAUGUAAUGUGAACUUUGGAAUUUUUCAGGUCCACUGCAGGACAAGACAAAUGCUACUAAAGGGCACUUGUUAGUAUCUGGAAGUAGAGACCAAACAGUAAGGUUAUGGGAUACAGCACAAGGCAAGGUACUAUCAGUUAAACAGCUGCCAAAACGAUCAGGACAGAGAUGGAAAGACAAGCAUGAUUCACACUGGGCCAAGGACAGGCUGUGGCUGAGUCUGUGUUGGCCUGUAGCAUCACCUGGCCAUGUUAUUACUAGUGGUCAAGGGUAAGUAGAAUGCUGCGUAAACAUAACGACUUUGUUUAAUUUACCAGACAUGUUUCGACAGUACAUCCAGAAUCUUCAGGGUUACAUAUUGUGAAAUCGCCGUUGAAUUUAAAUUGCACGCGAUGUUAUAAAGUUUAUUACAUUGCAUUGGCAAUAUUGCAUACUAAAAAGGUCAAAUUAGUGAUGCUUAAAUGUAGCUGUUUACAAGGAUAGAGUCAGGCUCAUGUGUUUCACCUGCUGGUUGAGGUCAGUAGAAUGGUACCAAUUCCUGGUAAAUAAUGUGAUUGUGAGUAACAUUUUUCUGCUGCCUGGUUAGGCUAGUGGGGAGAGCCCUCAUUUGCACAGUGGGAGACACCGGCUCUAACCCAGGCCAGCCCAACAACUGCAGAGUUUUAAAGAACCUGGCAAGAUCAUCAGGAGACUGAGUUAUUGUUGGCCUUAUCUUCUUCAUCCUUUUUUAUCAAUUGGAAGGGGAUAUAGAAGAACCUACACUCCUGUUCUAAAAGAGUAGGGGAGGUGGAUCCUUGUGAGGUGGGCCAUCUCAUAUAUGGGGGAGGGGACUGUUUCAAGCCCGCAGUAAUUCGCUUCUUGCCAUUGCGUGACCAUUCCUUAAAAAAAUAUAAUUGGGAGGCUUCUCUUCUGUUGAAAAGGAAAACACAUUGAAGUGUCCACGAGAUCUGCCCAACUGUCAUCAGAAAAAGGCUGGCUGAACUCUGAAACAAAGGUGCACCAAUACUCACUGUUAACUACACAUUUAUUGUAUGUUUGUUAUUUUUGUAGAGGAGAACUUUUAUUGUGGGAUCUAAGUAAAGAAGGUAAAGAACAGUGUCAGAUGUUUGGCCUAGGUCACUCCAGAAUUGUAUUCAACAUCAGCUGUGAUGUGGGUGGAACUAGAAUAAUGACUGUUUCUAUGGAUCGACAGGUGCAGUACACAAUUAAAACAAUUGGUACAAUUAGUAAUUAUUGUAUGAGGCUGAGUUUGAUAAAAAGAGUUACACAGAUGGAGGACAAAACGUGGAUCAUAACAAAUUUUCAUCUUUAUCAUUUCUGAUAUCUUUGUUAAUGCUGGCGUAGUAAACGCUCAAGCUUGGAAGGUACACCUAUCCUCCCCAAAAAAAUCCAGUCGAGCCACCUUAAGCCAAAGAAAAAACGGUGAAAUAAAUCAUUUUAAAUAAUCAAUAACAAUAUUAGUAUUUUAAACAAUGGGGGAAUUUAUCAAGGUCCUUCCACAGUGUAAACUGGUGUAACAGUUCUCAAACAUCAAAACGUUAAUCCCGGCCGGAAAGGAUCCAGAUUGAGGUCGCGUUCUUGAAAUUUGCUGUAUCUGACAUUUUUAAGACAAUCUCAGGAUUUCUCAGCUGUGAUUAUAAUAAUAGGGGACAUGUUUAUGACAUAUUAUAGGACUUUUUUGUCUAUUCAUUCGCAGAUUGUGAUUUGGGAUCCUCAACAUUUACGUAGUCUCCACACCCUCCCCACCCUAGGUGGUUUUGCAUAUUCUGUGGCCAUCUCUCCCCUUGAUCCAGGUACUCUGGGUGUAGGGGUAGGAGACAACAUGCUUCGUGUUUGGCAAACGACGUCUUCAAUGGGGCCAUAUGAAACCUUGACUCUAUGGCAGGGUAUUAAGUCUAAAGUCAUGGUGGUAAGUAGUAACAUUAACUAACAUAUUGUAAGUAUGCACGUGUCGGACACGUGCAUAACCCUUCCUGGUAUAUUUCUUUACCCGACUCUGUGCAAGUUCUUUAAGGAGCUUCAAGUUACAUGUAAGGUAGAUUUCCACCGUCGCGCAAUUUUUACAUGCGUACGCACGUAAAUUUAAUUUACAGGCGUAAAUGAAAUAGAGGCAAUGUAUGAAGUGUUGAGCGAGUUUCAACUUUUACAUUAACGGGCGACCUUUCACACAUUACCCCUACUUUAUUUAUGCGCACGUACAUUUUACGUGCGUAAAUAAAAUAGGGGUAAUGUAUGGAGUGUCGCGCCUAAACGUAGAAGGUGAACCUCCCUCAACUUUUACGUUUACGCGUGGCCUUUCAUAUAUCGCCUCUAUUUUAUUUACGCUUGUAAAAUUUACCUGCGUACAAGUGUACGUACGUACAAAUUGCGCGACAGUGGAAAUCCAUCCCUAUACAGCCACGCCAGGUUAAAAGCGGUGUUAAACGAGACGAUUUGCAGCGAAAUUUUUAGGGCAACAAUGUUGGUACAACAAUUGAAAGCAAUGCGGGAACGCUGUGUUUCUCUGAAAAUCUAUGUUGCGAAUUGUUCCCUGUAACGUGGCCUUAAUUAGAAAAAUUGUUCCCUGUAACGUGGCCUUAAUUAGAAAACAACAACUCGGCACGUGCAGCACUGUUUUUGGUUCACUUCUUUGCCCUCACUGCAGACUACCAAAAAAAUUUCGUGAUUUAACCUGUUUGUGGUGGUAGUGUCCCAUAUCACAAGCACCACCACCUGCUGUAGCAGUGGCAGGGAAAUCGUGGUAGUACUUGAGUCAAGGCUUUGUGGUAAAGAGGAGUAUCAGCAGCACCGAAAGAAAAUCAAGUCUUAGGCUACGUUCACACGCACAAGACGAAUUUUCAGCCACUUGAAAAUUCAAGCGUUUAGGUGUUCUACUCACACGGAACCACCUUAACCGCACGAAAGUACUCGUAGCCGUUCAAAGUUUCGUGUGGAAGGAGCAAAAUUAUUGAACGAUCCCGUGUGAAUGAAGUGUCAAAUUUUUCAGCCGGCGCAAAAUUCGUCCGAAAAUGGACUGCACCUGGAAACUCGCACCUCCAUGCACACACACUGCAUGCGCACAUACGAACUAAUUGACGUGAUUGUAGAUCAUCAACAAUAUUAAGUCUUUGUUGCUUGCUCUAUUGUAUAGGUUAAGUGGCAUCCUCGUAAGGAAGGCCUUCUUGCUUUUGGAGCUGAUGAUGGACAAGUUGGAGUUUACAACAUCAUCAACAAGAGGUACUGUACCGGCACAGUGCAGCACAAGGAUCAUCCGUGUUCAUGAAGACAACGGGAUGGUUUUCAUGUUGGACGAAUAAUCUGUCUGACUUCAUCCGUCAGUUAUCCUUCUGUGAAACGGCUAUUCUUUAUUGCAUAAGCCUAGUGACAAACUCCCGGGAAAAACUCUUUGUUUGGCUGUUAUCCCUUCCCGAGUCCCUAGUGGAUUAACACUGAAUACUCUUAAGGGCCAGUUGUUGCCUGUUUUAUCGUACCUUUAUAUGUAGUUGCUUUUAUAAUGCUUAGUCCAGUGGCUUUAUGGAUCCUGCAUGACAGAAACUCAGUUUUUAGCAGUGUUUUGAUGUUUUUUCUUGUAGAGCCGAGAUGUCUGCAACAUAUCACAAGAAAACAGUGUAUUCUCUCUCCUGGGGACCACCUUGCCCUAAAGCAGGUACUUUUAGUUAUUUCAACCUACCCCUAUCCUGUAGCAGUUUCGCUUGAAACUCAAAGAUUGCAGCUUGUUCUGGUGAAAAGUUUUUGGAAAAGAUGAAGGGCCUCAUCUGUAUUACCUUUUUUUUCGUUCCCUCGUUCUGAAAUAACCAACCUGACUAUAGCAUGCCUGCACCUGUCCAUUUUGUCAAACCGUGCUCAGUCAACGCAUAGUUAACUUGUUAUUUCGAGAUGACCACUCCCUUGUACACCUUGUAGGUGUUUUUUUAGUUGCCUGCUCAAGUGCCUGGUUGAUCCCACUUCGAACAGAAUUGAAUUGGAAUCAGCUGGUUUCGACCGCCGGUUUUGUUUUGUUUGUUUUGCUUGCAAACGUAAACGCUGGAGAGUUCUAUCUGCCCGUUACUAAAUUGCACUUUAAAAUUGGUGUGCGGGAUAUAGCGCAAGUCGAUGCUGAUGUUUUGGCGCCGUCGUGAUUCGCGGUUUUAGAUGUUCCAUUAUUGUUAUGAAAUCGAUUGUGUUUAGCUAAACAGGUCUAACAGUUGUUUUGUUACUUUUGAUGUUGUUAUUGUUAUUGUCACUGGUUAGGUAAUGAAGACAGCACCACUCACAAUCUGUACAGCUGUGCAGGAGAUGGGAGCGUCCUGCAGCACAGAACUGGACAUUUCAUGGAUGACCCUGUGGACGUUAACGCUCUGAUCUUGAAAACUAACAAUCUUAAGGUAAAGUGUGAAAAUUUAUUACAAGCCUCUUCUAUGAAAAUGUGGAUUGUAGAAAGUCGAUACAAGACUGACCCCACGUUAGCUGCGACGGAAUACAAAGUUUUUCUUAGCAGAUGUGUUUCAGUGAUGUAUUGUUUACGAAAUGCGUACUUAGUACUUGCCAAUGACAUACAGUCACGACAACCUGCAGAAACUUGAACGUUUUUUACGUCAAGUUAAACAAAACACAGAACGCAGCUAUUAGAAGUAUGGGUACGAACACCAGCUUAUAAAAGACAAUUUUCGUUGUCCCGAUGUAAACGCUUAUACAUGUAUAUUUUCUCUUAAAUUAGCCCGCUCAAUAUAAAUGUUGUGGUUCAAUUUUAUCAUUGGUUUAAAUUUUCUUUUCUUUUGUUUUUGGGUAUGAUAAUGUAUGACAAUAACAUGAUAAUGAGCUUGAAACAAAAGAAAAGAAAAUUUAAACCAAGGAUAAAAUUGAACCACAACAUAAACAAGAGUUGGUACAGACAACAGACACAUUGCGUGACCGGCCUUAGCCUGCGAGCAAGCUCUCCAUUUGGGGGAUAUCGUGAAAAGUAGACGUGCGAGAGGAGACGCGACGGCCGCUCGCUCGCGCGUGCUCGCGAGGCUCGCGCGUGCUCGCCCAAACAGGAGAGUUGCUCGCAGGCUAGACCGGGGUGAGACGCUAUUUUAAUACAAAAACUACCGACACUGGUUAGCCUGACUGAUGAUCUAUGCUCUGUAUACGUCUUACCGGGAAGUUCGGGUUGUUGAACGUUAAACUUGAAAUGAAAGGCCGGGCAAAAUUACAGUGUUUGAAACUCUGAUCCGGCGAAGUAUCAGUUAUUUGAAGUACAGUACAGUUCAAACUAACGAGCGAAGUUCUCUCCUCCUUGUAUAACAUUAGUAAUGUUCAGUCAGACGACAUCUACGUGUACGCGUAAAUUACUCGCACCCGUAGCUGUAAAUACGGGUAGGUGGCGUGGUAGAGCGGUGAUGCCAUUAUCAUAUCUGGAAAUCAUAAAUGCCUUCUCUAUAACUACGUGCAAACAUGUUGGCCUACCUGAACCCGCAUAGAAUAACAGUGUAUCUUGAGGUCUCUAUCGUCCCUGUUGCUUUUAUGCUGUGCGAUUUAAUCAUUGUGUCAAUUCUUUGUAUCAAUAUACAGUGUAUGUUAUACGGACACUUUGGCCUGGCCCUUUAGUGUCUUAAAUCAGCGAGUCAGUUCUGUAGUUUGAGUAUCAGUUUUUUGAGGGGUGGCAUUUAUUAUUGUUCUUGUGUUGUUGCGAAAACAUUUGCUUUGCUCUUUUGAUCACAAAAUAUAUGACAAAAACAUACAUAUCUGGGACUCCCUUCACUACCCUACUGACUUUUUUUACCCCUACUUUCAAAAUCUGUACGGACAAGGUACGCUGACGUCAUAACCAAAUUCCCUGGUAUCGCUAGGUUUCCAGUUCUAAAUUUCUAUCCCAUGAUAGCUAUGGGGCUCCGCUAUAACAAAAAAAAUUAGUGUAUAGUUUCAUGUCAUGAGUCACGUUCAUUAUGAUACUCUUAAGUAAUGAACUUCUACAUUUUACGUUGUUGCUCGUAUACCCACAGCACAAGCCAUUUGGUCGCACAGAUGUGUCUUGGAAUCUAGAUGGUACAGUUUUGGCUCUGGGUAAUGAAGACGGGUGAGUGUUUUGAUAUAUGAUUUUUCGAUUAAGGUGUAUUUUGUUCCGUAGCAAAAUUAAGACAUCCAGUUCUGGCGAUGAAAUCAUUUCCAAAUUCACCGUGUACAAGAAACUAUUCCUGAUGCCCAUCUGUGGUGGCGAUUCAAAUCUGUCAAAACUAGCUGGCCAAAUCAGUCAGUAGAGAGCUUUAAAUUCUGAGACGAGGACGACUACGAGUACGAGAUUUUCUCAAUACUGAGUAUUGUUCAGGCGUGAACAUCAUCAUCCCUGAUGAUGCCGUUGAUCGGCGAAAGCUUGGAUUUCAAUUCUAUUUUUUAGAACAAUAUUUUUAUUUUUACAAUCAUGCUGCUGAAGAACAACAUGAACAGAUUAUCAGCCAUUGUUUUUGGUUUAUCAAUGCAGGUCAAUUGAAGUGUAUGUACCUCCAGACUUGAUGCAGGUGGCUAUAAUUAUUACCCACAAGAAAAGCAUCACUACGCUUGUAUGGCAUCAUGGAUACAGCGAGCUUAACACCUCAGGUUAAAAUAACGUGCCUUAUUUUUGUCCAGUUUGACUGUGAAGAUGACUACCGCACCGGUUGUCGAAACGUCAGUAACUGUGAACAACAGGAGUCCUAUUCAGGACUACGGCCACCCGGACGAUGAGGUCCCCAAUAGGGUUUUUCAAUCCCGUAAUCCCGACCCAAAAUUUCGUGCAAUCCCGUAAUCUGGAGGAUUAUUUUUGGCAUCCCACCUCCCAAGCAUACUUUCAAUCCCAAAACUCGCCCCGAUUUUGCUUUAAAAUCUCGCAUCCCGAGCUUGAAAUAAGGGAAAUCCCGAAUCCCGAAAAAUCUUCGCGCAAUCCCGUAAUCCUGAGGGUUAUUUUUGGCAUCCCACCUCCUAAGCAUACUUUUAAUCCCGAAACUCGCCCCGAUUUUGCUUUAAAAUCUCGAAUCCCGAGCUUCAAAUAAGGGAAGUCCCGGAUCCCGAAAAACCUUUUGGAGGUCUUUGACGAUCACACUCAACCUACUUAUAAAAUGACUCCUGGGUUCAAAGCUUUCACAGUGUUUAGAGGAUAAAACCUUGUGGGGUUGCUAAGUAGCCUGCGUGGCAGCUGCAAAAAAGGGGGAGGGGGAGGAGAGGUCAACAAAAAUGCGAAAGGGAUAGGGGAGGAUCCCUUUUCCCCUCUCCCUUCCUCUCCCUCCCUUUCGACACCUACCAGUAAGGGCACCGCGUUAUCUCAACGCUGGACUCUUUAUCCUGUGUUGCUGGUCUCACGCCGAUCAUCAGCUGGAUUUAUUCAAAUCCUGGGCCAAGCAUGAAAUUACCCACCUGGUUUGCCUUCUGUCAGUUAGGAUUCUUUCCUGGGAAGCACGUUAGGGAAGUUUGCAGACAGACAGACAGGAGCAUAGGAGCAGGAGGGAACAAGGGGAGGGGCCCGGGGGGCCACCCCCGCCUUUAUUUUUAGAGCAAACUGAGGCCCGAAGGGCUAUAAAAAAUUGGGGGGAGACCGGGUCCCCCCAUUUAUCAAAGGGUCUGGAUGACCGGGCUCCCCCCCUUAUCUCAAGGUCUGGACCCGACACUGAGGAGUUUCCUGCUAUAACCUUCAAACCCUGAUGUUUUUAAGGGCAUUUAUUACCUAUUGCCCGGUACUCUGACAUUCCAUUUUCUUGUUAGGCUUAACUGUAGAUGAUAGUGGAAGCUGUAAGUACUGGCUGGCUUCAGGAUCUAACGAGUCCACGAUACAUGUCCAUGAUCUGAGCAGCUUGCUGGGUACGAUGUGUGUGUGUGUGUGUUUACGUGGUGACGUCAUCGUCUGUCUGUUUGUGCAACAUCUUGUCAUUUAAUCGAGUGUAGUGAAACUCAUCAGAAGUAGGCAAACACAAUCGAUUAUUCUUUUUCCAGAUGCUUGGCACAACGGCCUGUCAAUGAUUUAAUCGCUGUUGGUUUUAAGCACCUUGUUGUUCGUUCCUCUUUCCUAGAAGUUAAACUACGAGAGAUGCAGUUCAUGCAAAUUGACACAUAUCGUUAAUGCAUCUGACCUUUAUUUCGAUCAUUGAAAAGAUUUGGGCUCAAGCGGCAUAAAUUUUGCAUUUCCUAACCGCAAAGUUCUCGUGAUAAAAAACAUAAAAUUUCCCGUGUAUGGUAUAGAUUUUUAAAAUUAAUGAUUUCAGCUUGAAGACGUACUCCCAUUUAUCGUUCCGGAAACUAAUAUGUUUGUACUGUUUACAAUCAGGUCCGUCAUCCGGCCCCAGCCCUCGCUUCGCUCCCCUUACUGAGUCUUUUAGACAGCUGCCAGGUCACUCAGGCCGUGUCACAUGUUUGAGCUGGAGUCCACAUCAGUCUGAAUUGCUGUUAUCUUCGUCGUAUGAUGGGACUGCGCAGGUACGAAAACAACGUGGCUUUAAUGUGGGGAAAAGUGUCCUUUGUCCUAAAUAUUUUAUGUGUGUCAUAUACCAAGGAAAACAAUUUCGAAUAAAAUUUCCCCCUGGGGUAAAGAAACUGUUCAAUGAAAGAGUGGUCGUACAAGUGGAAAACGACUUCCCCCUACGACCACUCCCACUUCUCUCCCCCACCCAGUGUAACCCAUGAUAAACAAACUUUAAACUCUUGUUAUAUUCACACGCCUCGCAGUAAUGUAUUGGUCAUGGUAAGGGGAGCUUUCUCCAGAUCUUGGUCUUAGUAGACCAAGAACCGUUUUUGUCUCUGUUUCAAGGUUUGGGAUGUAAGGAAAGGAGAACCACUGUACAAUUUCCGCGGGCACAGCAGCCGUGUGAUGUGUGUAGUGUGGAGUUAUCUGGAUGCUGACCUUGUGUACAGUGGUGGAGAGGAUGGUACUGUACGGCCCUGGAAACCGUCACUUCAGCAGAAUCGACAACCACCGGUGCCAGGUACUUUAAGAAUUAAAACAGAACUGAAUGCAAGGCUGGCAAUACGGCAAAGGGCUGAUUUUAUUUGAGGCCAACAAAAUUAGCCUUACUCAGGGCCAGAGUUGCAAUGAAAGGGAAUACUAUAACGGCUCCCUGAGGAUGCUCAACUCUUGGCGUCCAGUUUGUGGGAAAUUCGUAAAAAGGAGAGUUAAAUAGAAAAAACAAACAAACAAUAAAAAAACACUAAACAAGAAGAAAAAAACGGCAAAAGACUACUUUGUAGCACGUUCUACUCUCUGAAUGCCUUGAACAGGCCACACUGAAGACAUCUCCAGGCCCUCACAUCGUGAAAAACAGCACUGAGAAAAAGGCGCGGAAAUUAUGCAUUACGUGCUAAAAGACAAAAAAGAAAUCGCAGAUUGGAAUUUCAGCGCCUAAAUCAUUCGCUUUCAGUCGGUCAGUUUUCUGUGAGUGGCUCCUCCAAUUCCAAUCUAAUCACCCAUUUGUUAGGAAAUUUGUCAUAGGAUGAUAAUUAAAAACUGUUUUCACCAAGCUCGUCAUUCUGACCCUCUAGUAAUUUUUAUAACAGAAAAAUAAAAAGAAUCUUUUUAAGACUGUUUAGGCGUUUAUAUGACAGUAUUACUGUUAAAUGGUGUGGCUGAUCCAAUUUUUUUCUCCAUUUUAAUACAGAAAAGAAAUCGUCUCAUUCUACAAGCAAGUCCUCAAAGAGCAAAAAGAGCAAACACAAGCCAAAAGGAAAGACAGAGACUACAGAAGUUCACACUGAAUCUUGGCGGGAAGAAAGAGAACCCAAACUUGAUAGCAAUGAAGCAAGGACUGUCCAUAGUCACCUGAACAGCAGGGUUAUCUCACAGGAAACUGAAGUAAGUUCUCACUUGGAGACGAAUGGAUCCCAGUCAAACCUCAAUGUGGCUACAAGCGAAACAGGUGAGAUUGUAAAAUCCCAGCAGGAUGAGAGGGAAAAGAAAGCAAAUGUGGAGGAAAAUGAGGAGAAGAAUGUGAAAGAGAAUGGAGACGAAGUGACACGUGCAGCUGAGUUGAAGGGGGAGAAACCUGAAAGUGAAGAGAUGAAUCCACCAGAGAUCAAUUCUCCCGAGCUGACCAUGACUGAACAGAGGAAGGCUGGUAUGGUGUUUCAACAAGAACCAGUUGUUCCCCUGCGUUCCAGAGGUAAACUGGUUUCUUUCAUUUUGUCAAAACUUCGAACACUGAUUUUAUUCACAGACAUCAUACAAGGAAGUAGCUUCUCACGCAGACGUUCUUAGAGCUACGACACACGUCCUGUCACGCGUUCCUUGACGUGUGACGAAGCCCCAAGAACGUCUGUUUGAGAGACUAACAAGGAAGAAUAUUCUAGCAAAUACUGGCAAGUGUAACCCGUUUGAAUACAUUUCAUUCCUCAGUCACACUUAAAGCAUCCUCAUCCUCCUCCACAAAGAUGUUCUUAGAGCUUCGUCACGCGUCCCGUCACGCGUUCCAACACGUUUCUUAACGCGUAACGAAGCCCUAAGAACGUCCGCGUGGGAGACUAAGAAAGAAAAAGUCCUUGCCCAUACUGGCGAAUGUAACUCGUUUGAAUACUUCUCAUUCCUCAGUCACACUUGAAGCAUCGUCACGCGUCACGCCUUCCUUAACGCAUGACUAAGCCCUACGAACGUCUGCGUGGGAGACUAACGAAGAAGAAUAUCCUUGCACAUACAGUAGCUCAGUAACUCGCUUGAAUACUUUUCAUUCCUCAGUCACACUUGAAGCAUCCUCAUCGUCUUCCUCCAAGAAAAAGAGAAAAGUCAAAUCCAUGCUGCCAAUGUCUGCUGUUGCUGACAACAAAUCCAAAGCAGCCGCACAAGAAGAAUGCGUGGAGCUGGCAAAGAUUAUCUACGGUGAGUUCAUCCUGAAAUACCUCAACCCCUCGGAAAGGGUUGUUGCUCCGUACCUAUAUCGUGUUCUAAAUUCCCAAAGGUCGUGAUAGAACGGGUUUAGUGUGAGUUGAACGCGAAAUAAAUUUCGCUGCAUUUUCGAUGGGCUCUUUGCAGCUAGUCACUGAGUCGCUUGGUACAAAAUACACUAUGCUGGAGAGCAGGAAAUGCACGUAGGCAAGAAAACAAUGAAGAUUAACGUUUUGUGUUAUGAGAGCUUUUUGUUUGUCUUAUCCUAGUGCGUUGCCUGUUCUCCAGCAGGGCGUUUUUUUUGCCACGUGACUGAUCAGCUGCAAAACAGCAAACCGGGGCCUAUAGACCUCUUUCAUAAUGGCGGCCUAUUAAUAUAUUAUUUUAUAUGUAUGAUAAUUAGCCUUUUUGACCUCGUUAGCAUGUGUAAAAUACAAAAGCAUUCUUACUUUCAAACGAGGUCAGAAAGGCUAAUUAUCAUCCAUAUAAAAGAAUAUAUUAAUAAGCCGCCAAUUUGAAAGAGGUCUAUUGUUCUACUCAGUGAUAUUCGUGCCGCUUCCUCAACUAAUCAGUGACUAUACCGAAACGAAUUGGCGCCAGUGAUAUUGCUUUCUUAUUAAACCCUUCAUCCCGCUUGUCCAGUCAUUAGGUCAGCUAUUUAGCGAGACAAUGACAGAAUUUAUAAAAUGCUUGCUAAUGAUGAUGGCAGGUGUACUUGGGUUACCCACAAUCACUGAUUACGUAGAGAGACCCGCGCCAGGACAUUAUGGUGGUCUACUUGAAAUAUCUGUAAAAUCAUAUCCAAAAACUCUCGUCGGUCUGUGAUUAAUUUUAAAUAAAUCGACAGCAUUUAAACUUUUUUGAUAACCUGCUCAUUUUUCAGAUCCAGGCCAAGCUGAUAAUAAGACUUCAGAAGAUUCAGGGGCACACAGCAUUGCUGGCUCAGAGGAACUUGUAAACUUUGGGCUAUUUGCUGAUAGGUGUGGAGCUUACAGGAUGCUUGCCACCGAGGGUAUUUACACCCUUUUAAUUCUAGUCCUUUUUUUCUUUCUGAUUAACAAUGUCAGGCUCUAAUUUUUCUAUUGUCUAGUUUCUUUGCUCACGACGUGCUGAACGAUAAAAGUCAUUUUUAUAACCGAAUGUUGCGUGAUGUGUUAUAAAAUCGUAAAUGAAUUCAGUUUCAACCUUGCCACUUUGGGAGGCCUCAACAAUAUUAUAAACCAGGAAUACAUUAGCUUGUCUCUUUGCAGCUAUGGACGGCCAAGUACAAAUAUAUCAUUAUCCACUCCCCCCGAGGCUUUUUAUGGAUAAUUUAUGACAGUGUGUGAGUGAUCGGGGAGACUUUACCAGACUCCUGGUAGGAGCAAAUGGCUCGCUGUUGUUUUACAAUCAUGCGUUAUGAGUGCCCCUCUUGUAAAUUGGAACUAAGAUAAAUUCACUGAUAGAGGUUUCCGUUUUGUCACUGGUGCUUUUUGCACGUCCCACUGAGUCUAGUGAAAGUACUCUAUUAAAAGACCAGCCCUACGCUCUUUCUUCUUCAUGCGAGUAGACUAGAAUCUCUGAUUCCUUUUUGUAGGUCAGCAUCACGAGGAGAGUGGUAACCUUGACUACAAACUUCAGCUGGAGAUCUGGAAAGGGAAUUUAGGUGGAGCGCUGGAGAUGGCUACUAAAAGCAAACAGCUCAAUGACUGGCUUGUGGCUCUCAGUCCUCUAGGUAACCCGGUAUUCCUUUCUUACAUAAUCUGCGUCCACUCAAAGUACAAUCUUGCCAUUUCAAUGUCCGCUCAACAACAAGAACAGCAACAACAACCUUUAUUCCCUAUUCCAAAAACUAUUUUGAGCAAUGUGUACAAGCUUUCGGCGCACUGAUUUCUGGGAUCGUUUCGGUGGACAAGCCUCGCUUAUGAUUGGUUAAUGAUUGCCGUGAAUAUCAUCGACCAGUCAUAACUAACGUUUGUGCACCCAAGCGAUCCCAGUAAUCACUGCGCCCAAAACUUGUACCCAUUCUCACUGGAGAAUUAUAACAGUAGUAACACAACUUUACACAAAGGAAUUCAAUGCAACUAAUGCAUAUUUUAAUGUUACUAAUUACCACAGGGCUAAAGGACCAAAAAGACUCCGUUUAGAUAUAUUAAACCUGCGCCUAUUGAGAAUGGAUUGAGCCAAAGCAAAUGCGUUAAGAUAAAGUGAUUAUUAGAUAACAAUGUAACAUUUCCGUAGCUUUUCUGUAGAGUUAAGUAUCGAAGGUAAACGAACACCCUCACGACCCGGCGGCACUAAGUGUUCGUCUCAGAGAGAUUUUAUUCUUAUAGAGAGUCAUCUAAAAGGAGUAAAGGGUAGCAGAGACCAACUCGAGGUGUCCGUUUUACGUAAGUGUCCGUCUUAUAGAGGUGUCCGUUCAGAGAGAGUCGACCGUAUAAUUAUGCUUAAAUGUCAGUUAAAAACUGCCUCGCAGAUGCAGGUUGGAUACCUGAGUCAUCCAGCAUAAUUCAGCAUUACUGGCAGGAAAAUGGCCACCGUUCUUUCCGAAAGUCCCGGAAAGUUUUGGUAAAUGGGAGACAACCUCUCCUAAAAAAUUGUUAUUUUUAAGAAACCGUUUAAAACAAUCUACCCAUCUACCCAUUUAAUUGUUGUUUUAAACGAAAGGAAUUGUAAAUAGUGUUUUGACGGAAUAGUUUUUUUUAAGUGAAUUAAUUGUAAAUAGGAUUUUAAUAGUUAGCAUUGUUAUCAAUAUAAUAUAUUCGAUUAUUAAAAAUUAUCUACCCAUCCUUAUGACAACUUCAGUAUCAUGAGUAGAUUGAAUGUAAAAGCAAGUAAUAAUUGUGCAAUAUAACGUAGCACUGGUGAACUCCACCGGCGAGUAAGGAAACCUAACAGAAAGGUUAAAAUUCCUUAAAAGGACAGUUCUUGAGUCAAAUUAAAACGGUAAAUGCUUCAAGUCCAACGCACUUUUGGAACUGAAGUGAUAAUAUACUGAUUCAACUCUAAACAGAAAAAAUAAAUUCAGAAAACUGGCCAGAAUAAAUGCUAGAAUAGCUGUCUUUCAAGCCGUAAAAUGUAAAGGUGACACCCGAUCUGUUUAUAGUUUUUAGCCCUUUAGUCCCGUAUCCAGAGGGAGGACCGGAUAUUAACGCUUCAAUGUGAUACCUAGUGUUGCUCUUCAUGUCAGCUCCACAGUCAAACGAUACUUGAAAUCCAUAAUAUCUAGGACAACAUCCAUAAGGCAAAAGCUCUGAGGAGUACGUUCCUGAUUUGGACACUAUAGUUGUAUUGUUACUAACAUUCUUUACCUCCAAUGUCACUGUGUAGCUGGAGUUGUAUCUGCCAAUCAAGCAGACUCCAUGCAAUGUAAUACUCUGGUCCGCAGCAAAAGCAAGUGAGUGUUUGCCCACGUCAUAGCGAAUUCCCUCAUGUAGGGCACUCGGCGUUGUGAAAGAAAUAAAUCUACUGAAGCGAUCAUGAUUGACAAGAGGCCGUCUUUGAGUCUUCGAGAACCCGACAGGAGAGGUCUGUAUUGUAAAAAACUUAAACAAGCCAGUUGUUUCAUCUGGAGUAAGAAUGUUGGUGUCAACGACAACAGAAGCAAACUCCUGUACUGACAUAACCGGGAAGCGUAUUGCUUUAAUUAUUUGUUCUCCCAGAAUUCUUCUUUUCAUUUCACCAUCUUCUGCCAAACCUUGCUUUUGACAUUGUUUUCUAGCCCAACGAUCUACAGCUUGAAACAAUACUACUUCUCGAAUCUUCAGAGAGUCUCGAGUUACUACUGCUUCAAGUAAGGACUUGUCAAUUGUCUCGAAUCCGUCCGGUUCCAAAGCCUCGUCUGUUUCCUGAUCAAUAAAUUUCCAGCAUCGAUCUACGAUGACCCCCUCAUGAUACUUCUGUGCAAAUGACAGGAUAUCGAAAACAUUUGACGGAUCUAUCUUUUCUUUCAGAUAUUCCGUGCAUUUAUCAGCUAGUGAAGGCACGAUGUAUUUCUUGGCCAAGUAUAACACCCCCAUCACAUUACUUCCGCUUAAAUUCACUUCAUCGCUGUAAAUGUAGCGAAACAACUCCAACAGACUCUCGUAAUCACAGUCAGGCAGUUCAAUAGUGUCUUUUGUCUCCGCCAGUUCGCCGUAAAACAUGGCUUCAAACACAGGACUACCAAUCGCCAGUAUGAAUUUGUGUGCUGCAAUCAAUUGGGUACUUUCGCCAUUGCUGUUUGCGGCAACAAACUUCACAUCGCUCAAGCGAUCGUUGUUGAGCAAAAACGUGGUUCUUUCUCUGAUAGUCGGUCUUGUUGUCUGCCAGUCUGCUUUGAGGGACAUAUUCGUCUUGUAGUAAGGCCGUUUUAAAACGUCAGUCUUUCUCUGUUUUUGUUUCUGAAACCCGCAACGAAAGACAGCAUGCAGAGCAGCAGAGCAGUUAAUGCAGUUGUUCCAGAAUAGGUAGCGCACGCGCAGACAGAAUGCCCCUCCGUUAGCAUUUAGCCGCUUGUGUGCUACGCAUAUCAAAUAACCAAACCUAAGAAGUCACGCGAUCUUUUGUGGAAUAUCACGCGAUGUCUUUAAAGAGGUCAGAGUACACGCAGCGAAGUUUGAACUAAAUAUAUUAAAUCUCGUGCUUGGAUGCGGCGCUUGGGGGAAUAAAUCAGAAGAAAUCACCUUGAGGUUCAGAGAUUAAUAAUACAUUUAUCUUGUUUUAUUCCCACAGUCUUUGGAGUUGGUCUAUUACUGAAUGCCAAAUGAAUCUUUAUCAGUCUUCUCUUUACAAAUGCAGUGUUAUAAGUGUUAUAUAUUAUGCACAAUCUAUUGUCAAGAAUUGUAAUCAUCAAUCCAAUCUUUUAACCAUUGUGGCACGCUAUUUGAGGCACCGACGUCUUGCAAAUUUCAUUUUUGAUUGACGUUUUGCACGACUUUAGGUCUGACCUACAUUGAACCAUAAAAGAAACUCUUUUUAUUGGUGAUCUUCAGCCAUUCUUUUAAUGAAUUCGUUAGCAGCGAAAAGUUGUAUCUUUACUAAUUAGUUUUACACGUGUGUGUUUUACAUGCCAGUGCAUGCACCGUGUCAUAGUUUCUUUUUGUUUUACCGUUUUCUUUAUUUAGUUGUAGUAUUGUAUUAACUCCUUUGUUUUUGUCAAUACUAUCACACUAGCUACUGAAAUUACUGUUAUUAUAUAUUUCAAAAUUUUAAGCUUACAGUUACUUCCGAAGAUGUAUGUUGAGACAUACAAAACGUUAAGUCAGUGAAUGAAAUUCUAUUUUAGCUAUGCGCUCGUUUAGCUUCAUGUUUGUCACCGCAAUUUGCGUUUUAUUUCUAGUCAAGCUUCGUUACCCUAAGAAGAAAGGCAUUUAUGAUUUCAAUACAGAGUUUCCAUAGAAAACAUUAGAUAUUCGGCGUUUUCGUCUCUGUCCCAUUAUGGCUCUUAAUAUUUUCCUUUUCCAUUUUGCUAGCCGGGCGUGACGUAUGGUUGAGUAUCACUCGAGCAUACGCUGACCAGCUAGCAUCGCAGGGAUCUUAUCAUCGUGCGGUACUGUAUUACCUGGCCUGUCAUGACACGUACAAGGCUAUAGAGGUGUUCAAAACUCAGGCUAUGUACAGGUACGGCUGUUUUUGAAGAGGUAUUUGAUACAGAAUUUAGCACUGACUCCAGUAUAAGAUAAUUACACGAGGAGAAAAGUUCAGCAUAGGAAACAUUUGGGUUCGCUUUCAAGGCUUUUUUAUCACAAGGUUGUGAGUGUUGUGAAGGAAGUGUAAGCACCGGUACCCCAAGCUCAAGAGCGAGUUGCGUAACAGAAAUAUAUAUGAGUUUGUAUGGAAAACUUAUCGAUCGUUAUUUAGAGCAUUAAAAUAGAAAUAAGUAUACAUCAAAACUUCCUACCUUUUCUUCUUGUCUUGCUUGUGGUAUGUUCUUAGCAUUUCUGGCCGUUUCAGCGCGAUUUUAGCGAGUUUUAAAUCUACCGUUGUUGUAGAACUAAAACUCGCUAAAAUCGCGCUGAAACGGCCAGAAAUGCUAAAACAUACCACAAACAAGACAAGGUGACCAGUCCGCCAUCUUCAUAACGUCAUCAAGUGUAACAUUUACGCCCCUGACAAUUCUGUCUUUAAGAAAAGUGAACAAAUUGACACAAUUCUCUUUCCAUUGUAUUUCAGAGAGGCCAUCGCAUUGGCCAAAGUUCGACUGUCCCCCCUAGACCCAGUCCUCUUCGAUCUUUACAGUACCUGGGCUAGGAAGUUGGAGACUGACAGUUCGUUUGAACAAGCCGCUAAAUGGUAAGGUUACUGGAGCUAUCCAAGUGAUUUAUGUAGUUGACCCAAAACGUCUUGCUAGAGGGUAUGGAAAGCAAUUAGACAUCAACAAUAAGAGUUUUCUUUGUUUUCAUUCUCAAGGUACUAACCAGCAAGCCCUGUGCAAUUAUCUUAUCACGUGAAUGGUUACUAUAGCAUGGCAUUCGAAUCCUCCCCCUCCCCUCUCCCCUCCCUUAUAAGUGUUUAACUUUAUUAUGCCAGCAUAAGAAUGUCUUCAUGUAUCAAGCGUUCACACGUUUAAGAGUCGUAAAAGAAAUACAUGAAGAAAGUGUCGGGGGAGUGCGAUAUAUGCUAUGAAGGUACUGUAAUGUCUUUAGAAACGCUCAGCGUGGAGAAAAACUUCUGGCUCUAGACUAAUCGACGCUGAAAUGUGUUUUCGGCGAUGGUUUGGUAGCCUCCCACGCGGCCAUUUUUGUCCUCUCACGCAACAUUCCUCCCCAAGGAACAGGAGAAGCGUUGCGUGACGAGACAAACACGGCUGUGUGGGAUACUAAUGGUUUGAAGACAAUAUAAACAACAAACUCUGUGUUGGUUGUUUUAGUUACUUGGGAGUCCAUUCAUCAUGCGAUGCAGUGCGGGUAUUGAGCCGUCGUGGUGAUCAGUUCUCACUUAGGACAGCAUUACAGGUAUGGUUAAAAGGGUUUGCCUGUUAUGAGUUCCCACUUAGGUGAAUGCUUAGGUGUAUAUUUACCCGAGCAAGUCCUUGAUUUGGUCGCUUCAUGUCAGAGACUCUGGAUUCCGGUAUCCGCCUAGGAAAUUUUUGCUUGUGGAAUCCGAAUCCUGGGUUUUGGAAUCCGGAAUCCCAUGGACGAUUGGAAUUCUGACUCCAGAGUUCUAAUGACAAAGAAUCCGGAAUCCAGUACCUGGGAACCAGAAUCCACGGCAUGGAAUCCAGAAUUUAAGACUGUCUUGUCUUGAGGCGAAUUUUUAAACGGCUAGUUUCAAAGACGCAAUCUUGGGACUUUGUACACUGUUCUGUGGUUGGACGUAUUUUCAGUAUCUAAUUUGCGUCCAAAAUUUGCGCUCAACGAUUUUUGCAUUUUGGAAAGUUUAACCUACGUUUUCCAAGUUUGUUGUUUGUAAUACGUGUUCUCCUCCAUGUUAACCUUUUGGUGAUUCUCUAGUUUGAAGUCUCGUUCAUUUUUAAAAUAAUUGUUUUCUUUGCGAAAAAACCGCAUCGCGACAUCUUUUCACGGUUCACAAGCUUUAUCUUUUGCGGCGUGAUUUUAUGGUUGCGUUAAACAUAGCCCGUUUCGUCACGUUAAGCUCUGCACUUGGAGGUACACAGCGUGACAUAAUAACGACAUCAUUCUUUUUGUGUGCUCUUAUUUUAGGUUGCGUUACUUUCUGAUGAAUCUGAACUUGCCGUAUCUCUCAGCCUACGCCUCGCACACUCUUAUUUGAUGGCGUCAAACUGGCAGGAGGCCCAUGAAGUCUUGACCAGCUGCCCGGGAGUAGAGGUGAAAAUAACCAAAAAAGUACUUUUCCACUUCAUGCCUACUUGCCUUCCAAUUCUUAAUGGGGCCUUACCAUUUCGCCCUUCCCUCUUCCCCUCCCCUUUUUUGGGCCUGUCGCGCGGGCUAUCUUACGUAAAAAAUAUCUUGUAGUUUCCUGGGGAACAUGAAGAACUAGCAAUAGCAUCUGCGAAGCGUCUUGUCGGUCUUGUACAGAUGAUAAUAGGAAGCAAAUGUAUUUUAGGACGAUACAUUUUUUGUUUAGGGUACCGACGUUUCGCUGGUACUGACUUAUCGAUGAUGACAAAUUGCAUGUUGGAAAGAGGUAGCGAACUUUUAUUUCGAAAAUGCCACUGGUUAUCCCUGUUUAAAGCAGUAUUCCUAAGUUAAGAAUAUAUCGUCAGAAGUAACAAUUAUUUUUUCCUUUGAAGAUAAGUUACUAUCAGCUUCCUAAUCUUAUAAAAUAGCGUCCUAAGUUGUAUUUUUUCCCCUUUAACUCAAAAAAACUUCCGCAGCGCGACGAUAAAAAAGAGGUUACGUUUGAGUGUGGUCGCCACAUGCAUCAUUUCAUCCACGAACUAAAGAGACUUCAAACAGUUAAAAAUACUGCACUACUCUUUAUAAUUAAGUGCUUAACACUUUUUUCUUUAUUUAGGCCCAUAUUUUGAAUCUGUGUGUACAUGAGCUGUUACUUGUGGCGAUGAUCGAAGAUCAGAUCAUCAGCAAUGUCACAUGUGAUGCUGGAAAACAAACUAAGAUAAGUUCUUUUCUCAAAAGCGAAGAAAUAUCUACUAAACCUUGGGGUAAGUUUCAUUUGUUAUUUCAAAGCCCUUCCCUGUCUUCUCGUUCCUUACUAUUCAGUCGUUUCUCCCCUUCUACUUUGUCUCUUAUUUUCUUAUCCAGUUUUCAUGUCUUCUGUUCUCAGUUUGCAAUUGUCACUGCACGCAGUAUCAUGUAGUUGUGUACAUGUAGUGCGAGCAUUUCUUUUCAGAUGGCUCUUAUGUCCUAUUUCCAUCGUUUUCAUAUUCUUUUCUUUUUUUCUUCAUCCCUCUUGUCCCCUCUCUUCUCUCUCUCUUUUAUUCUCUCUUUCCUAACGCUUCUCUAUGGCUUCAUUUUAUCGGUUAUGGUUCUCAGUUGUAUUGGGCCUGCGUGGUGUGUUCACAUUCGUUUAGCAAUGCACUUGCCUCUGGAAAGCAAUUGCUAUGUUGUAUUAUCGUGUAUUAAGCCUGGGUGGUGUGUUCGCAUUCGUCUAGCAAUGCAGUUGCUUCCGGAAAGAAAUUGCUAUGUUUCACCUUGGGUGGUCAAUAAAAAGCUCAGGAAGUGGUUCAUCGCCUGUGUCUUAGAGGCCUGGUAUCACUGUGGCGCGUUCAAGCCUGAUUCAACAGCUACACUUUUUCAAACACUGAAGACAUACUACGAGAGUAUCUCCACUGGAACUGAGACUAUUCAAGAGGUACAGUGUAUAACUUUUUAACCCAUUAGCGCUGUCAGUGUGCGUGAGUGAACGCGUGCAAGCGAGUCACGUUUGGUUCUGGUUUUCGCUCUGAUUGGUUGAGAAUGCAGUGUAGUACGAGAAUGUUCAGCCAGUAAAAAAUCUCUUUCAUCAUCCAAUACCUAAAAAAAAAAAAAAACUUCUCCAGUUGCCUUUCCUUCUUUCUCAAAAUGAAGAAAAAUUAAAGUCUUUGAUAUGAACAUGAUUUUUGUUUUUGAUUCUCUUGCACAUAAAACGCAAGUACAUAUUAGGAUUGCGCUUGACCUCGUUUAAGAGGGGGGCGGGAGGCGAUGGUAGAAUUCGGAAAUGGCCUACUAAACUCUGGUCUAUUCGUACAGCCUUAUAAUCUGGUCACUUCUUGGGAGGAUUUGCAUUUUUUUAAAUACUGUUCCUGAACUUAAAUGGCCCAUCUCUUGCAAAUCGUGGCAGUUAAUGUUGUACAUUUUUUAUUAUUUUUACCCCAGAUAUUGUCCAGAAUGUCUCUUGAGAUAACUCUUGGCCUGCUAUCGGCGCUGACCGGCAACCUUUAUGGUACUUUCCAAUACUGGCUGCAGUCCCUCUCAAGUUGCAACAAAAACUGUCUCUUUGCCAUUCAGCGGCAGUUAUGCUGCAUGCUUCUUCCUGAUGGGAUCGGAUCCUUAGACUAUCUUGUCAGGUUAAGCCAUGAAUUCUCCAGCGAAAACGGCACAGACGAGCCAACAAAACAGAAAGACGUGGAAAAAUUAUUUCAUCAUUUUCAAGCGUAUUAUUGUAAGGCGCUUGUGACUGAGUUGUGGUACCGAUGUCCUGAGGUAUUGGAGGUUUUCUGCAGUGAGCGACGUGUAUCAGUGGAGGAAGAAUUGGCGAAAGAGUCUGAGCCUACUGAACUAGUUAACUCAAAAGACGAUAUGGCAUCUGAAUGCAAAGCGAAAGGGGACAGACGUACGGAAUUUUCUCACCCCACGCAGACAGAGGCAAUAAAGAAGAAAUGUUCAUACCUCACGUCUAUUGUUGUUACCGACAAGAGUUCGGAUUCAAAGGAUCCUCUGUCAUCGAGUGAGAGUGCAAGUUUAACAUCUGAAACUACUUCGGACAAGGACAGAAAAGGGGAAAUUUCUCUUGUCGAAAUCACUUGUGAAGAUGGUGUAAACGGAGACGCAAUGCCAAAAGUGGGUGCAUGCCUAACUGCUCUUGAUGUAGAGAGGAAAAGCUUGCAUUCUAAGGAACAUAUUUCUUCAUUAGAGACCAUCAACGUUGUGAAACAAGAUUUCGUAUCAACCUUGAGGAAUGCAAAAGUUGUGUUGCUUUCAGAUCACUACGCGAAUCUGAAUAAUCAAAGAGCGCUUCUUGUGGAGAUCAGAAAGGUAAUGUUGCUGCGGAGAUCACGGCAGUUUCUACAGUCGGGGUUAACUAGCAGCCAGUUGAACCAGAGGAAGAAAAAUGAUAAGAAGCCGAAGACUCAACCGGCCAAGCCGAUUGGUUUUUCUGCGAGUAGCAGUGACGUUGGCUCAAUGAGAAAACUUGCUAACUCUGGAGAAACUGUAGAGAGUGUUCAGACUGGGAGUAAAACGAAUGACGUCGUUAAUGAGCUAUCAGAGUCAGCGGGUGCAACUUUAGAAGUCGAGGGAAGCUCCAGUAGAAACGAUUAUAACAGUUCUAUUGAAACCCUGGAUGGGCCGCGCGGCUCGGUAGCAGACAGAAAAGAUGACGAUUUAAAGACUAUGGAUGGAAAAGUCCCAAUCGACCUGAGAUACGUUGCGACCGAUGCCAGCCUGCAAUUCCUGGCUGAUGAAGAGGAAAAAAUCCUAACGGAGCUCGAGCAAUUUGACUUGAAGGUGCGUAAUCACUGAACAUAAGAUGAAAGAGUCCUAUUUCAAUAAGAUAAAGAUACUUUUUUAGUAGAAACGGGAAUAAUAGACACCUUUCGGUACAAAAUUGGUCAAGAGUACGAGUGACCCUACGAAACCAAGACCGCGGCGACGGCAACGACAACAGCAACGGCAAGUCAACUUAGGCCUUGGUGUAAGACAUUGAGUUGAUUUUCAAAUCUGUGCGUAAAGUGUGAAAUGACCAAAUUUAAGUUUUCUUUGGAACGGCAAUCUGAGCUCGGACACGGUCUCCUCUCUUCAGCUCCAGUCUAAUUUCUUGUUGCUUUUUUUCCAGGAUCUUCCAUUUCCCUCGCCGAUGGAAUCGGCUCUGACAAUAGCAAGCCUAGCCACCUGUUCACACGGUCUCCCUGUAACAGUGACACAACUCUGGGAACUGGGUAGCAGUUCUUUGCAGUGGGCCCAGACCUAUGCCCAGACCUCAACAGAUUUAAAAGGAGUCCGCAGACUAACUCGGACAUACAAUAAGGUAGCCUAG